AACACGGGCCGAUCUCAGGCUGAACCGUGUCCCCACUCUCACACCGCACGUCCAACACAUCAGCUGCUCUCUGCCCGACAGUCCUGCUGGAUUUACCGCUGAACAACGGAAGAGUUGGACCAGCCGCUCCAUCCUGGGAAAGGUCAGUGAUGGUCAGUGCUAUUUAGAGCCUGCAGCCAAGGAUGUCUGCCACGGAUUCGGACAACUCCAUUGACUGGCUGGCUAGUGACAAUGAGAGCGAGCAGGAGUCUGACUGUACAGGAAAGCACAGCCAGACAGAGGCUCCUUCAUCCCCCAGCACCUCGCCACACCUGGGCCUGUCUGACAGCAGCUGCCGCCGGAGCAGCGAGGUGAAGGAGGGCGACGGUAACUGUAGCGAGGUCAGGGACGCCUCCUGCCGGGGAUUUCCCCCUGGCUGCACGGAGACAUGGGCCGGCGCCAUUGGACUGUGUAAAACACAGCAAGUAGAAAAAACAAAUGGCAAAAACACUCAGCAAGCACUGAAGAGACCUCACAGCUCCACAGAGGAGGAGUGCAAGGAACGGCAGCUCAUUUCCAACAUGUCAGAGAAAAACCGAAUUUUCAGGAGAAAGUGCAUGGAGCUGCAGUGCUACAUUCAUCCACUGUCGUCUAUCUUGAACGGCCUUCGUUCAGGGAGAUACAGAGAACGACUCAGCAGUUUCCAGGAGAGUGUGGCCAUGGACAGGAUCCAGAGGAUCAUGGGUGUCCUGCAGAACCCGUGCAUGGGGGAGAAAUAUGUUAAUAUCAUUCUUAAAAUGGAGGAGAUGUUGAAGAGCUGGUUCCCUAAUGUAAAACUCAGAGACCAACUCACCGUCACCCAGACAGAAGAAACUGUUCCCACCAAGAAACCGAAGCUAUCUCCAGUGACCAUCACUGCAGUCAUGAGCCCCGUCAGUGUCAGUGAUCCUCCAGCAGGCGUCAAAACCCUGCGAGCCACUGACCUCACUCCUCCUGCAGCCUACUCCGCCAGUAACCUGAAGUGGCUCCACACGACACCCAUCUGCUCCCCCAUAGCAGAACAGGCCCAGGCUGGCUCCAGGCACCUGCUGUCCCCCAGAGACCUAACGCAGGAUAACGCUGUGUCCUCUAGCACAGACAGCCACACUAAGACAGUCUUGGUGCCCAGAGGCCCUCCACCGGGCAAAAUCAACGCACCCUGUCUAGAGAGGCUCCUCAAGUCGACAGAAAGCAUCAUCAUCCGUAAGGGAACCGGGGGUUUGACAGACAGCAGCUGGUCCUAGUCCACACAGACGGCCGGGUGUCCAGCUGUAAGCGCCGCACGGCCCAGCCUAGCCUUGCCCACCCUGCCGGGAGCCAGUCGGCUCGCUUAGCCCAUUCCAGCCUUCAGGAGAGACAGGAGCCUUCAAAAGGGACGUGACAUAUACCACUUUAAUGUGGAAGGAGUGUUGAUGAACAUGUCGUACUCUCUGUAUGGGAAUGCGCCCUCUCUGACAUGACAAGUGUCCGCUUUAGUUCCCGCUUGUUGACUUAUCUUUGUUUUUUUUGUUUGCACUCUUGAAUAGCGCGUGCGAGAGUGAGAAGGAUAGAUUUCACAUGCCGAGAUCACCGGAGCUAGUCAUUUCACAGCUGAACUGUUCCCACUGGCUUGUAGAUGCAAUAAUACAAUUUUAGUAUCUGUGAAACCGCCAUUCUGCCUGAAAGGGAAAGAACUGCAGCAGUAGUUUGUGUUGGAAGGGAUUUUUUUUUCAGAUAUCCAGAUAUGUCAGCGGUCUACAUAUUGUUGUGCUGAAAAUGUGGGUGAAAUGUGAUGUUAUUCCCCCCCCCACCCCACUCUUUAGGUUUAUUGAUGUGACUGUUACUUAUUUGUAUACUUUAUAAAUAAGACUUUUGGUACAACUGUUCUACCUCAGUGGGCACCACGUCACAGUUGGUGAGUAGGAAUGUGAACGCUACACUCAGAGUCUGGACACCCCGUCUGCAGUGAGCCAAACGGCCUCUGACAGGGAGGUCUGCAGAACGAGUCCUUCUGUUUGUACAAACGGAGGAUUCUCUCUCCAUGGGGAUGCUGUCGUGGACUGACUGGUGCCAUUGUAAAGAAUGUCAACUGCAGAUUUCUUUUUCGAGUCUCCCAGUAGAAGGCAAACAGUGCCUGUAAUGUCGAGCUGUGCCUGUAAGCCGGUUUGAUAAAGAGAGAGAACCGUUCAGAAAACCUGCUCUGUGGGAUGUACAAAUCCGGAAUUCUCACUCUCCUGCCGUUUUCCUGUAUCGAGUAAAUUAUUCAGAUCUUGCCAACUACUUUCUGUGGUGGAGUAGAACAAUUCUUUUAUUUUGCCACAGAACUGGACAGUAUGUUAGCCCAGCAGAGAGGGACAUGGUAUUUUUCUGUGUAAAUCUUACAGAAAGGUUGUCGAUUUUCCCUGAAAAGUGGCCUUUAUAGUGUGAAAUUUUAUACUUUCAAAAUAAAUGUGAUUAUAUUUGUUUGAUGCAAAAUGGCUACAGAUUGUUUUAUUGUAAAUUUUCUAAAUACAGGCUGGUAGAAGUUACUUUAAAUGCAGAGAAGGAGAAAUUGCUCAAGGAUUGAGAAUUAAAAUUCCAUUUUCCACAUUGAAUUUCUCAUGAUUAUAUCUAUUAUAUAUAUUUAUCUCUUUAUUCUAAUGUGCUAUUCAGCUCUUCCAUUUUUAAAGGGUAAGACACAGGAGGAAAGACCAACUGUGUCAGCAACAGGAAUCUAUGAAAUAGCUGAUUGUAAGUCUCAACAGAGCUCAAUUAAGCAUCAAAGAUCUGAUUUAUAUCAGUUUGACCAAUUAUGUCGACCGGGAACACUCAAAGGGAGCUCACUUCCUGGAGGAAAAUUAAGAUGUAUUGCUUGCGAGGAAGUAUGUCAUUUUCAGUACUUUGCACAGUAAUUUGUGCCACAGAAGUGCAGUGAAAUGUACCAGGUCAGUAUCAUUUCAUUUCUCAGAAAGUGAGUGUAGUUUGUUUUUUCCCCCAAUAUGUGCACUUUCUCAUGCCUGUUGACAAACCAGACAGCAGAGUUAAAACUAUGUGACCUGCCUGUUCAACAUGCACAAUGACAAAUCAUAGAUUAAUAAUGAUAGAGGUAAUGAAAAAAAAUACAAGCAUCACUUUCAGGAAAAAAAUAAGAAGACUAUGACUGUGCUUUAUUUCCUUAUAGCAGCAGUUAAAUAUACUUUCUAAAGUUCUGAGUGAUACAAGAAACCGUUUUCUGCUCCAACUGCCCUGAGCUGUACUCAAAGCGUUGCAUGAGAAACUUUACCUAUACUGGUGAUAGACAUGGAGUAUUUCUGACAACUGUCACCAAAUAUACAACCGAAUACUGCCAUCUAUAGGUGAAAAGGUAAACAUCUCGAGUUCACCCGUUGUUGCUCUGCAAGCAGAAUCACCAUAGAUGUAUCUUACACAGCAUGUCAUGAAGCAGACUUUUCCUUAUUCUCAUUUGGAAAAUCCUUAAAAAUGCGAUAUAAUGCUGCUUUUUAGUUGCUUUUGGUGAAUUUGGUUGAAAGCACUGGAGUUUUACUCAAUUUAUGCCAGACCCAUUUUACUCUCUUCAGUAAGAACACUGUAUAUUCACAGAGGGUGAAAACAGAAGUUUGCAGCCUGGAAAACAAGCUGUCAGAAAGUUAAGGAGAUUAAAAACGGUAGCCAUAUUUGGGGGAUUUGUCUUUUUCCGUAUUUUGCACAGUAGUCACGUGUCCCUUUUUCCAGAUUAAAGGGGUGACUGGCAGGAGGCAGAGGAGUUUAUUACCCAGACUGCAUUGUUUCAGCAUUGCCACCCUAGAUUCCCUCUCCCAGGCCAAGGCUAAUGGUCUGGACUCUCAUGCACAGACGUCCUGACAGCAUCCAUACCCAAAGACAGCUGGCACAGAUCUGCCUCGCACUCACCCAGAAAAG